AUGGAGUACUCAAAGCUACAACAGUCUCUAGACUUUGAAAAGAAGAAAAAAAGAGAAGUUGAGCUGCAAGAGCUCCAAAAGUGGCUGGAAGCAGUGGAUGGUUUAGUCAAAGAGAAGGUGAACAAGAUACUAGUUGAAGCAAGGCAAAUAACUCAAAGAAAUGUGGCACAACCACUUAUGGAGAUAGCUUCCACGUCACGAUACCAAUUUGGUCAGCACAUCAAUGCUGAUUCAAUGGCUUCCACAGUUGAGCUGCAAGAGCUCCAAAAGUGGCUGGAAGCAGUGGACGGUGUAGUCAAAGAGAAGGUGAACAAGAUACUAGUUGAAGCAAGGCAAAUAACUCAAGGAAAUGUGGCACAACCACUUAUGGAGAUAGCUUCGACGUCACGGUACUAG